AAGUAAUUACUAGUUGAUAGUGAUGGUUUAAGAAUUAUUUAUAUGCGCGAUGUCGACCGUUAUUUGUAAUGGUGAAGAUGAAACAUAUCCACUCCAUGAAUGCGUUUUUAUUGGAGACGUCAGAAAGCUAUCUUCAUUACUGAGAUUUAACGAUGUUACUCGAAAAGACAAACAUGGUAACACCGCUUUACAUCUAGCAGUAAUGCUAGGACGUAAAGAAUGUGUUCAAUUAUUAUUAGCCCAUGGUGCACCCGUUAAAGUGAAAAAUCUUGCUGGUUGGUCACCAUUAGCAGAAGCAACUAGCUAUGGAGAUCGCCAAACAAUAUCAUCUCUUGUUCGUAAACUCAAGCAACAAGCUCGAGAACAGAUGGAAUGCAGACGACCAGAUCUCAUUAGAGCAUUGUCACAGAUACAGAAUUUCUAUAUGGAAUUGAAAUGGGAUUUCCAUUCGUGGGUGCCAUUGGUCUCCAGAAUAUUACCUUCAGAUGUAUGUAAAAUUUAUAAAUCUGGAUCAGGAAUCAGACUGGAUACAACCUUAGUUGAUUUUACAGAUAUGAAGUGGGAAAGGGGUGACAUAUCUUUCAUUUUUCAAGGAGAGAAGCCUCCAAGCGAGUCACUGACUGUUCUUGAUAACAAAGUCAAAGUCUAUCAAAGAGUCCGAUAUGAAGAAACGGAAAACGAGAUUGAAGAUGAGGUCGACAUAAUAAUGUCUAGUGAUAUUUUAGCUGCUCAGAUGUCCACAAAAGCUAUCUCAUUUGCAAGAGCCCAGUCAGGUUGGAUUUUCCGUGAAGAUCGUAAAGAGACUGUGGCAGGCUUGUAUAAAAGUGAUAUUUACACCAUUACAGGACUUGUUUUAGAGUCACGAAAAAGGAGAGAGCAUUUGUCAACUGAUGAUUUGCAAAAAAACAAAGCCAUUAUAGAAAGUUUAACUAAAGGUAAUACACAACAUUUAGACACCAAUGGUGAACCAGUGAGGCGAGCUUCACUGAACCCUCCUCCCGAGAGUGGCAUUGAUUGGGAAACAUACAUAUCAUCUCCUGUUGGUCAAUAUCCUAGCCUGGGCAGAGAACUUGUGUACAAGGAAUCAUCUAGAAAUUUUCGAGCGACAAUAGCAAUGAGUGAUGACUUCCCUUUGAGUGUAGACAUGCUGCUUAAUGUGCUAGAAGUGAUUGCACCUUUUAAGCAUUUUGCAAAGUUACGUCAAUUUGUUGCAAUGAAGCUACCCAAAGGAUUUCCAGUUAAAAUAGAUAUCCCAAUUCUUCCAACUGUUACAGCCAAAAUAACAUUUCAAAAGUUUGAUUUUCGUGAUGAUAUACCUAAUGAGUUGUUUGUUAUACCGGAAGACUAUGUAGAAGAUCCGUUACGUUUCCCUGAUUUAUGACGCUUUGAUAUCCUAACACUGUUCGAAAUUAGUGAAAGACCAAUUUGGAGACGUGAAAUUAAGUGCAAUAGAGUAAAACGCACCUUUAGUGAUGAGCACUACAGGCCAACACAUGGCCUUCUCAGUAUUGAGAUUCCCAUGUUGUUUGGCUUUGGUAGUUCUUAUUCUAGCCAUUACAUUCUCUUUUUUGAAUAGACAAAUAUAAUAAUUUGUAAAUCUUUUUAAUGUCAUCUGUUUAAAUUAAUUUUUGACUUGUUCUAAUGGAAUGUAAUAUUUUAUAAUAAUUUAGAAAAAGAUUUUUCUAAUUAGGAAUGAAAUUAUUUUUCGAAAGUAAACAAAGUGUUUGUAAUUAUUAGUUAAAUCAGCAUUAUAGUGAAAUAAAUUUUAUUUAUUUAAAUUGAUUUAAUUAUCGUGUUUUGUAAUUUUUUUGUUUUAUAUACAUAUUUUAUAUUAGUUUGAAAAUAGUAAACAUAAAUAAAUUUGACAAUUAGAAUAAGAUGUCACCCCAAAACCAAAUGGCCUCAAUCUAAAUAAACAUUUAGUAGGCCUAUAUUAGUUGUAAUAAAAAAAAAAUUACCGUGAAACUUGACAUAACAUUUCAAUUAUAUUGCUCAUUGUAAAUUAAAAUUUUGUUUAUUUACAACACAAGAAACAUAAAUCCUGAUAUUUAGUAUAAAAUUCAUCUUGCAUAUAUUUUAUAGUUUUAGAUAAUUAAGUUUACAUGGUUAAUAUUGCCAUGUUAAAAUUUCACACCCAUAAUAAAUAAAUACAGAUACUCCUCAUUAAAAAGUUCCUGUAUUUUGCUUGUAGAAUCGUAAUGUCACAUAAUAACAUCGUUUAGGUACCUUGUUUUAAACAAUGAUCAAUAGAUUAUUAGGUAAUACAAAAAGUAGUAAAUGGAAUUAAAUAUGAUGUAUUUGUCAGUGUUAGAAAUUUACUUCGCCGAACUUUUCGGAUCAGUGUGGCCACUGGUACUCCCCAUCAUUUCAAAGUCCUUGUGCCUUCUGAAUUUCUCACUUGUGUGUGGUCUUUUAGGAAAUGUUGCUAAACACUUUUAAAAAAUAAAGUUAAAACCUUUAGAAGUUAUUUAUUAUGAAUGAUGAAUAUAAUAUCAUAUCUUAAUAGCACAUGAUAAUAAAGUAGAAAAUUACUCGCAUAGUAAUGUACCUGUGUAACUGAUAUCGAUUUUGUGGAUAUAUUUAUGUAAAAACCCACAUCUUAGCUAUUCGACAAUAAUAUAUAAAUCCCACCUGAAAAAAGUUUUAAAAAAUGUUUUUUACUUGCCUGUUUAUUUUAUAAAAAUUAUACUGUGUUUGUAUAUGCUAUAAAUUCAAUGGGUAUUAAGAAUUUUGAAAUGUUGCAAUAAAUCUUCAAAAAAAAAAAAAAUUGUAAGUUUUCUUUUUGACUAAAUUAUAUAGUAAGAUCAAUCGCUUUAUGCAUUGUAAUCGAUAUAUAUAAUUGAAUUUGGAUUAUUUGUUAAAAUUAUUUAAUAGUAAACCAUCUACAUAUUUUUAUUAACGAAGUUUAUUAACUAAGGUUGAGUACUUACUUUUUGUAGAUAGACUGAAAUAUUUAGACAAAUAAUUAUAAUAUACGUAAAACAUGUCAGAUGUUUUAUAAUUAAGACUCUGUAAUAUAAUAAAUAGGUAUACUUAAUUGUUUCGAUUAUACCUUGAGUUGUAAGUAGUGUUCAAAGUUUGAAUUAUUCAUAUAUGUAUUACCCAAAAGUACUUCUAUAAACUAUUUUCAUAUAGCCAGGUUUCCGAUAUAAAAAUACUACUCAAUAAAAAGAAAUAUGAUUUUUAAUAAAAAUUACCACAUCAAACCAUAAGAGUCCUUUGAAUGUUUAUAAAUAAAGCUACUCUUGUACUAUAUUUAAUUUUAGAUAUCUGUCUGUUACAUGAUCCUGAAAUAACUCCCUGAUGUAGGUCAACGGUAUAAUAAAAAUAAUUUGAUCAA